AUGAGCGACAUCGACAAACAUGAUAACUUGGGAGCAAAAAAAGACGAGGAAAUUGACAUUUGUGUGAAUUCGAAAGACGAUUCUGUGACCAAAAGACCAGCAAGCGAAGUAAGUGACAGCAGCAAACGAUAUAGAACGCUUCAGAGACGAAAAAACUCGGGAAUUAUACGACUAAACAACGCCGAAAAACAUCUUACUGAAUUAUUAUCAGUGUAUGACCAUAAAACAGGAAACCGUAGCAGUAAGACAAGUAUUCUACGAACUAUAAAAAAGGUAAGGUCUGAAUAUAGAAUUAUUGAAGAAAUAAUUACAUCCAUUAAAACGACCAUUGCAGUCAGUGAAGACGAAGAGACAGAUGCAGAUAAAAUUAUUGACAAUUUAGACAAAGAACUAACUGAGCUAGCUAAUGAAACUGAUUUACAUAUCAAACGUGCCAAUGACCAAUUAGAUGAAAGAAUUUUUAAUGGAGAAAAAGAUUCAGAAGUGUCUUCAGACUGUUAUAGUAAGGCUUCAUCAAUAACAACCACCUCAAAAGCUUCAAAAAUAUCAUCAACUAUGAGAAGACAACAGGAGUGGAAGGAAGCACAUGAAAGGUUAAAUAGACUUGAACAAGAACAAUUAGCACUUGAAGAAGAUAUAAAUAAAAAGACAAACGUGUUUCAACAGAACCAGAAAAUAAUUGAAGAUGCUCGUUCCAUUGUUUCGCUAAAUGAAGGAAGAGCAAAAGCUAGUCUACAAGAAGAACAAAAGACUAUAAUGGGUGAGAAGACACCACCCCCUACCCACGAAAACCCAGUAAACCCGCAACCUCAAUUCAAAGCUAGUUUACAAGAAGAACAAGAGACAAAAAUUGGUAUGACAACAUCACCCCCUAAUGAAGAGAUUACAACACCAACCCAGAAAUUCCCGGUAAACCACCAACCUCGAUUAAAGCAAGUCAAGCUGAAAGGUGUCCAGCUACCUACAUUCUCUGGUGAAGAUAAGACCAAGUUUGAACCAUGGUAUGCCGCUUUUGCUUCGGUAGUAGAUGAAACUGAUAUCCCUGUAAAAGAGAAAAUGCUAAGACUUCAAGGAUGUUUAAAUGGAAAAGCCCUAGAGACGGUGAGAGAUUUUGGUUUCUCAAACAAUGCCUAUGAACGAGCAAAGGAAAAACUGAAAAGGAAAUAUGGCGGUAAGCGAAGACAAACCCUUACCCAUCUAACAACACUCAGAGGGCUGCCAAAGGUGCGUCGACAUAACCUUGCGGACAUGGAAGAGUUAUUAGCAGUUCUAGACAGAAUUCUCAUUUCCCUUCAAGAUGGUGAUCCAGACGGAGAGAUGCGAAGUCAACACCUUAACCUUACAGUAAAGGAAAAACUCCCAGAAGAAGACAUUAGAGCAUACAAGUAUUGGUUAUAUGAACAUGAGGAAGAUGACAGCUUUGAAAAGUUAGUGCAAUGGAUUGAGACAAGAGUACAAAUCAUGGACGAGGCACUAGAAGAGACAGGAGAGUUUAACAAGAGGAGACAAGACAAGAGAUUCAACAGAGGCUUCAACACAAUGGGUAGUCGUAGAAAGUGUAUAGUAGACAAGUGCACCAUAGAUCAUCCACCAUGGGUGUGUUCAAAGUUCAAGGAACUUUCCGUGACCCAGCGCAAAGAACUUAUAGCCAAAACUGGUAGAUGUUUCAGAUGUUUAGCUGCAGGCCAUCGGAGUAAAAACUGCCCUAGAAGUAAAAAAUGUGGCAUUGACGGUUGUGAGAGUAGUGGACACAGCAACUUCUUGCAUGACUCUAAUCGAUACACAAGUGGUAA